AUGUUUAACCAGGCACAGCCCUUUUCUAUUUGCAAUGACCAUUGCUUUCCAGGUUAUAGCAGGAUAAAAAGAGAAGGGAGGCCAUUUUGCUGUUAUGAUUGCCUUCCAUGUCCAGAAAGGAGGAUUUCAAACAAAACAGAUGCAGAUGACUGCUUCCCAUGUUCAGAAGAUCAGUUCCCGAGCAAAGCUCACAACCUUUGCUUUCUAAAAUACAUCAUAUUUUUGUCUUAUGAAGAACCCCUGGGACUCACCUUGACAACUAUUGCUUUAUUGUUUUCUGUCACCUCAGCUUUGGUGCUUCAGAUCUUCAUUAAGUACCAAGACACUCCCAUAGUGAAAGCCAACAACAGGAACCUCACCUAUGUGCUUCUCAUUGCUCUUCUGCUCGCUUUUCUUUGCACUCUGCUGUUCAUUGGGCAACCCAGCCAAGUGAAAUGUCUCAUGCAACAAAUUGCUUUUGGCAUCAUCUUCACUGUAGCUCUUUCUUGUAUAUUGGGGAAAACGACCAUUGUUGUUCUGGCUUUCAUGGCCACCAAGCCAGGCUCCAAAAUGAGGAAAUGGGUGGGGAAAAGGCUGUCUGUCUCCAUUGUGCUAUCUUGCUCCCUGGCACAAUUCACCAUUUGUAUCGUGUGGCUGGCUAUUUCUCCCCCAUUCCCAGAUUCUGAUCUGUACUCCAUGGCUGAAGAAAUUGUCUUGCAAUGCAACGAAGGUUCAACCACAAUGUUUUAUUUAGUCCUUGGUUUUUUGGGAUUCUUGGCUGCUAUUAGCUUUACAGUGGCUUUCCUUGCUAGGAAUUUACCUGACAGCUUCAACGAAGCCAAAUUUAUCACCUUUAGCAUGUUGGUCUUUUGUAGUGUCUGGGUAUCAUUUGUUCCCACCUAUUUGAGCUCCAGGGGAAAAUUCAUGGUGGCUGUGGAGAUCUUCUCCAUUUUGGCUUCUGCAGCUGGAUUGCUGGGGUGCAUCUUUUCCCCCAAAUGCUACAUUAUUAUUCAGAGGCCUGAUCUGAACAGAAAGGAGCAGCUGAUAAAAAAAGGAAACUGA